AGACAAACCACUGCGCUUCAUUGACCACAACGGGGAAGGUGUGUGGUUGCAUCCGGUCUCGCGUUUGGGAAACAGCGACCACCUCCAACAAGGGUCGUGCCUGCCUUAUGUGCCACAGGCAGAAGUAAAUCGAAAGUUGAAUUUGCGGGGUGCUGGGCAGAUGGAUGAAACGACUUAAAAGGCAGCACUGGGGCCUGGUGGUAUGUAUGCCCGAAAACCCAUCAACAUCAAGCUGCGGUCAAACAUGGCGAAAAAGAAGAAUACCUCAAGGGCGGUGUCGCCGCAGCAGACGCCAGAGCCUCUCAUUCCUGACAAUUCUCUCGAUGUUGGACCUGAAGUAUCCCCUUACUCAAGCUCCAGCUGUACGGUCUACUUCAAAGGCGGGCGGCAGUUCAUAAUUCCCUAUGAUUUACUCCGGUCAAGCAAAAAGCUCGAGGAGAUCUACGGUGGCUGGUGCGAAAUCCGCCUUAGGGACAUACCGGACGAAGCAGGCCAUGUGCUCAUCCACUAUCUUCAUACUGGCACGUGGCAAACCCUGAGGGUCAAUAAUCCAACACCCGCGGUGGUUCACUCCACUCAACUCAACAUCAGCCUACAUGUAUAUGCCGCUGCACAAGCCUAUGAGCUUCCGGAUUUAGCAGAGCUUGCUAAGGGAAAAAUCUCUCACUACGCGGGACUGUUGCCUGACUUGGAGACCCUCGUUUUGGCAUCUGAUGCUGGUCGACUUAUUGGGGAGGACGACUUAUGGUUCUCUGCCUUUAUCAGACUACGCAUUCGGCAGUUGUUCGAGGAUCCUGCUUCAUUGAACAAAACGAGAUUUUUGGGAUGCUUUGACAGCGCGACAACAUACACAAGAAUGCUAGCCAAAGGCCUCAUUGACAUCUGUUGCGAUAAGUCGACUUCCGUCAACCCCACUGCGUCCCAACCUACGUCUCAAUUUGAAGUAUACGCUGCAUCGGAGUCAGGGCGGGAACCUGUGGUAGGACUUUUUCCAGUAUCCACGCCGACUCCUUCGAUGGGUGCCACGAAACACGAGUCGGAAUCGGCGGUGAUAUUGACGCCAGAGUCCGAGACGGCCCGCUCGGCAUAUUCCGCGCAGCCCAAGCCGGAAUCAGCAGUGGAAGUCCUGCCAGAACCCGAAGCGGCCCCUUUGGAUGUCGCGGUGGAGCUCAAGCCGGGAUCAGCGAUAGAUUGUACGCCAGUACCUCUCACUGAGCCUGAUCUGAAAAAGAAAAAAUUGACAAAGAAAGAAAAGAAAAGGUUGGAGCGGAAGAAAGAGCGGUUUGCCGCUGCAACUGCUACCUUAGAACAAGCGGCGGAACCCGAGCCUGGUCUAUUGAUAGACGCUGCGGAGCCAUCGGCGGAGUCGGCCGUACACUGUCUAUUAGGGACCGAGGUGGCCCCCAUCGAUGCCGCAGAGCCCGAGCCCGAGCCCGAGCCUAUCCCUGACCUUGAUUGGCAGGCUGAGCCUAGCUCAGAGCCCGCAGGAAUUGAAGCGGAGCCAUCGGCGGAGAUUGCGACCGAGCUUCAGCCGGACUCUUGGGCGGAACCCAAUCCAGAACCUAACCCCGAACCAGCGGUAGAGACGGAAGAAUUUCCAUAUGCACAGCCCAAGAAGGGCAAGAAGAAGGACACCAAAGGGAAGAAGGGCGGAAACCAGGAUGUUUGCGUCUGGAAGGCAACGCAUCUUGUAGAUGGCGGGUGGGAAAGUUGUUUCAGCUGUCGGCAGUACGUUGGCAACUUCGUGUCAUCCUAUCAUCAGUCGAAGGAAAACAGUGCUUUGGGAAUGUAA